GAGGGGCGAGGCGGGGGUUCGCCGGGAGCCGCCUCAGGGCCGGCGCGGCGGCGCUCGGGGCCCGCUCGCACCGCCGCCUUCGCGCCGCUCCUGCCGCUGCCGGAGCUCGGCUCAGCGCAGCGGGCUCUUUAAGAAGCCCCCGUGCCGGCGCUGUCGCUGGCUGCCAAGUGCGGGAGAAGCCGAGCUUUGCGGCGAAGCCCGAGCGUAACCAGCCGGCUGGGGGAGAUGCCGCCCCGCAGUGACUGACAGCAGGACCAGCUCUAUGCAAAUGGCGCCGGGGGCUCUGCCGGGGCUCUCUCCACACGCGCCGCCGCCUCUCGCCUCCCGCUCCCCGUAACGCGCCCUGUCUCGCACAAAGCAAUUGUUGCUUUUUUGGGGGGGACGUCGUUACACGUAAAAUCAUCUCCAGCACGGUUUCAGUUUGAGAUUGUGUGAGGGAGCUGGGAGAUGUGUCAGAGCUUGUUACUACAGCUAAAUUAGGUAAUUUUUAGCUGGGUAACGUGCUAAUCUUUAAACCUUUAUGUUUUUAAAUCCUGCAUAUGUCUGGUCUCUUCAUACAAAAGUGUAUUUUGCUUGUUUCUUCUCGCCUUCUUCAGUCUGAAGCCUUAUGUAGGUCAGGCUUGGCUUAAGCAGAUUUCCUGAACCUGCGUCAGCUUAAGCUGAAGGAAUUUUAAUAAACCCUCCCUUGUAGGCGUGGGCCUAAAUGAGACUAGCCUAGUUAAGCCUGAUCUUUUUCUGUUUGUGAAAAAGAGCUGAGCAGAGCUAGGGACUGCAUGGUGGCUCCAGGAACGGCUUCCUUAAUUCAAAGAUAACAAUGGUUGGGAAGGCCAGAUCUUCUAAUUUUACCUUAUCUGAAAAGCUCGAUUUGCUAAAACUCGUGAAGCCGUAUGUUAAAAUUCUCGAGGAACAUACCAAUAAGCAUUCUGUAAUAGUGGAAAAAAACAAAUGCUGGGAUAUUAUAGCUGAUAACUACAAUGCCAUCGGAGUAGAUCGCCCUCCUCGUACUGCACAGGGCCUGCGCACGCUGUACAAGAGGCUCAAAGAAUAUGCCAAACAGGAGCUAUUGCAGCAAAAGGAGACUCACUCAGAUUGUAAAAGCAGCAUUUCCGAGCCAACCAAGAAAGUUGUGGAGAUGAUUCCACAGAUUUCCAAUGUGUGUUUAAGAGACAGGAGCGGUGUUCAAAGUGCUAGUAUCGAUAAAGAAACAAUUGCUGGUACCAGUUCACCACAGGCAAUGUUGGAUCACCAUCCUGCGACAGUCAUGAUGGACUUGCAGUCGGAAGAGGAUGUCAAACCUCCUCCUUCUCUGAUUAUAGACUCACAGCAAAAUGAGAACUUAGGACAAGAGGAAGAACACCAGCUGGUCCAUAUUAUGGAAAGGUCUCCCUCAACGUCAGUGUCUUCAGUUGAUAUGAGAGUGAUGAUGUCUCCUUCCCCUGUACCAAGAAGAGAUGAGUUUUUUAGGCUUGAGGUUGGAGAACGCUUUAGACCAAUGUGUGGUUAUGAUCCACAGAUGUUACAAAUGCUGAAAGAGGAGCAUCAAAUAAUAUUAGAAAACCAAAGAAAAAUUGGUCUUUAUGUCCAAGAAAAAAGGGAUGGUUUGAAAAGAAAGCAGCAACUGGAAGAAGAACUGUUGCGAACAAAAAUCAAAGUAGAGAAGCUGAAGGCAAUACGACUACGCCGUGAUCUGCCAGAAUACAGCAAUAUCUAAAUAUUUUAUUACUUCUGUCAUAUUAUUUGAAAUACUUAAUAAUAAAUGCAAAAUUGUUUUUUAUGUUAAUAUGGAUGGAUCAAAAUCUGGGCUUGAGACAUGAAAGCAUAUGUUGUUUAAGUACCGUAGAAAAAUACCUCGUAUGGGUUUGAAUGCACCGACUCUUCUGGUCUAAAGUAUAAUCAAAUACACAUUUAAGUGUUUAGAUUGAUAAAACUCCAAACUUCAAAAAUAUUUCCACUUUUCUCUAGAGCCAUGAUGAGCUACAGGAAAUAUAACUCAGCUCUUGUUAAGAAUUUUGUUCAUAUGCAUUAUUUUUUCGAAUAAUCACCUUUAAUAUCUUAAUGAAGUUGCAGGUAAAUAAAUGCAUAUAAGAAGGAGAAAUAAGAGGCUGUGUUUAAAUGUUUUACUCUUUUCAAGUUGGUAAAUGACAGUAGUGACAUUUUGCUGGUAUGUCAGCUUGGAAAACAAAAUUACUGGAUUGUUAUAUUUUUUUAAUGUUCGGUAGACAGUUGAAUAAAUGUGCAUCUUUUUAAAAGUUAAUACUUUUAAAUUGUUCCCAGUGGAGAAGUGUUUCCAUAGGAUGUUAUCAAAAUAGAGACAAUGAAUGCAACACUUGGUUUUUAAAACUGCAUGCAUGUGUAAUUUGUGUGUACAGUUACCAUGAUUGUGUAUUCAGUUAUAGUAAUUAUACUGGUGAUCAACCACAUAAAUAUCUACUUCGCUCAUUUGCAUGCAUAAUUACUACAAUGCAUGUGCAACCAAGACAGUUGCAGGUGCCUUUGAUCAAUAUCACUAUGACUAUAAGCUACUGAAAUAGUUUCUGUAUGUAAGUAACAUGUGACUUGAAAUCAACAGGAGAUUGUGUUAUUCUGGGUCCCUUUUAUAGAUGCUGUUGUUCCGAUCUUUCAAUUAGUUUAAAAUAAAAAAUCCCAAAUGAAAACAAAAUGGAUUCUUCUGUCUGUCCUGGUAGCAGCUGUUUCCUCUGUAGUUAUGAUCAACAUUCAUAACUGGAAGAAAAAUAGGUGGAAAAUAUCAUUCCCAGAUGAUUAAUUUCUUCAUAAUUCUUAGUUUUCUGCCUGUUGUGAAUGGAUCCAUGACUGCCUUAGACCUCUGGCUCCUUACUCCCUUGUAACAAUGCUUCCCCUUCCUCUAACCUUUACAGCAAGAAAAGGAAAUGAAGGACAGCAUUAAGGAAAAGGACAGAACAAAGGAAAUGUAAUUCUUCUGGUGCCUCCCAUCUCAGAGGGCCCCAACAGAAUGAACAAAAGCAAUAGGAAGGAGGCUAUUUCUUCCUCACUCCUGUCACUACCAUUUUCCCAAAUUUUCUUCUUUCUCCACUCCCACAAACCUCUGCAUGCAAACAUGGGGCACUGGUCUGUGUCAGCAAACUCUCAAUGAGGUAAGCCUCACCUCCUUGUUGGUCUUCUGAGUAAAUCAGGUACCACAGGGGUAGGUACAUAUUGGAAACUGAAGACUGGAAGCAUGUAAGUGUAGUUGAGGAGCUAAUGGAGCUUAAAGAAUUGUAGUUAAAUUUUGUGAUAGAAUAAUCUUGACAGUCACUGCCCAGGAUAACUUUAACAGGUUUCAGGUAGAAAAAAUAAAGGAAGCAAGUCUUCUAUUUACAAACCGAGGAAAAAUAUAGAACAGUGAAAACAGGACAAUGUGUAGUUCCUCAAUACUUUUUCAGUUGUUUUCUUGAGAAGAGAGCACUUCAAAUGUUUUGGC